AUGACCAGAAAGAGCCUCUGGGGCAAUGAAACCUUUUGCCUACAUGCUGACCAGUACAAAGGAAAGAGAGACUUGGAUUCCUUGAAGGAAUAUGUGGAUUCCCAGUCAAAAAACCCCAAAGAAGAUGCUGGUGAUGCAAAACCUACGGAGGCACCACCACCACCUAAAGAAAUAAUUCCUGAGGGAGAGCCCAACGUCCUUUCCCUCUCUGAAGACGACUUUGAUAAAGAGGUUUCCAAAGGGAUUACUUUCAUCAAGUUCUAUGCCCCAUGGUGUGGUCACUGUAAAAACCUGGCUCCCACUUGGGAGAACCUCUCAAAAAAGAAUUUUCCAACUCGAAUGGAUGUCAAGAUAGCUGAAGUAGACUGCACUGUUGAACGCAAUGUCUGCAACCGAUAUUCUGUGCGCGGCUACCCAACCCUGAUGCUUUUCCGAGGUGGGGAGAAAGUGACCGAACACACCGGAGCGAGAGAUCUUGAAACACUGCAUAACUUUGUUUUGCGGCAAGCAAGGGAUGAACUGUAAAGUGUACCUGUUUGGAUGCCUCUGCUCUUGGCUGUGUCUGCCCAGUAAACGUGGGAGUUGAGUCAUGGUAAUAUUACCAGUUUUCCAGUAGUGGUUAUUGGGAAACUGAAUGUACUAAAACAUGGUAUCUUCUGAGCGUGUGUUUCCUACAGCCUCACUGUGUUGGCCUUGUGGGAGGCUUAUAACAAGUAGUCACUGUUCAAAUUGAGAAUAUUUUCAGUAUCGGUUUGCAUUAAUGAACUUCCACUUGCCCUAUGUUGUCUCUUUGAGACAAAAAUAAGUGAGGAAAGGUUAAAAUUAAAGGGGACGUGGUUGAUUAUUUUCCUUAGAGAGUGAAUCAGGUUUGAACACCUGCAUUCAUGCAGCUCAUGAAAUGGCACACAGUAACCUCAUUUGAUUGUACUGGUAAAUUGCUACCUUUAAAUGCAUCUCAUUCAGCUGCAGUUUCAGAAACAGGUUAAAAGGAAGAUAGAAAAGAAAACACACAGGCACACGUCAGGAAGAUGUUCCUGCCCAAUGUGGGCUGCUUUAUUCCUGUUCUUGAUUUCUCUCAGGAGAGAUUGGCGAGGAACUUUAACGUGUUCUUGGUUAUCACUGAAUUGGGCUGUUUGCUAGGUAGCAGUCGUCAGUUCAAAAGCUGCCUGUCCCGUUCAAAGGUUCCCUUCCUGCACAACGAGUGUUCUUUUAAUCAAUCAGAUAUCAAUUUCUAGAUCUGAUGUUUUUUAAUUCCCUGCUUGGAAUCAUAAGCAGGGCCGUCUUGUUCUUUAAUGAACAAGACCUGCUGACAAGUCUGCCCUCCUCUUAAAAAUUAUUGCCAGGUACUGUAAAAAAUGGAACCAAUAUCCUCUGCAAAAUCGUUCCGCUUUUCAUUCAGAGCCUGUCCUCCUUCUUUAGGCUUCAGUGUAGGGUGCUUUCCAUACAGGGAUAGGCUUGUGCGUUUUCCGUACUGCUUGUGUGGUUCCUGGAAAAAUACCACAGCAACGGGGCUGCCAUAUUGCAGAUUUUUCUGCCUCAGUCCCCAGAUGUGGCCACCAACCUCUUCCUUGGACUACUACUUUUGCCUUUAAAAAAAAUCAGUUCUGGAAUAGUGUCAUGUUGAUGCCAUGUUGUACCAAUAUGCGUACCGCCAGCUUUAUUUUUUCAGAAAGUCUAUAGCCCCCUUCAUUGCCGGGAUGCCUUUACACUUAUGACUCUGCAACAAAAAGGACUUUAGACUUACUUUUUCCUUGCAAUGAAAUCCCAGAGUUCAGAGAAACUGGUACACAUAUUGCUGUAAUGUUAUAUCAGUGUAAUUAUAUUUUAUUUCUGAUUCUUUAAAAAUAAAAAGCCCCCAGAGGAAAUGACUGCUGCAGAGACUGCCACAUGGGUGGGGAAAUCUGAACUUUCCCAUUUACACAGUAGCCAUUCAGGCUCUGUAGCAAUCUGUCCCGAAACUUUGGAGCAAAUCAGGUUUUGAGAAAGAUCACUGGGGAAGCUGCAGGAGGUACAUGAAUGCGUCAUGAUACCAUGGGGAAGCAGGGAAAAAACCCCACUUACCAAAAACAUUGAACCCGGGGCAGAUAACCUGGGCAGAAAUGGCCAUACUGAAAGUGCUGGGUGUGAAAGACAGACUCAAAGCCAAAGAAUCUCAGGUGUGGUACUGACAGAAGAUGAACGUAGACCAGCAAACUAGAAUUUAUUCCAGUUGUUACAUGAACAUAUAUUGUAAUUUUGGGAUGGAGUUGCAAUUGUACACAUAGAGAUGCUGAUGUGUAGAAAGAUGAUAUUUCUGUGUGUCUCAGAUAGGAUGAUGCAACUUUCCUUAGCCGUGUCUACAUUUUACUGUUUGUACUGUAACACAUUCUCUCUGUCAAAGGCUGGGUCCCGCACAGUUU